AUGAAGUCCAUGCGUGCUGUGACAAUGAGGGCCUUUGGUGAUGUUGACGUUAUGCAUAUUUCAGAGGUUACUGGGGUCAGUUUGUCGCGGCCGAGCGAUGUAAUUAUCAGGGUGAUGGCAGCUGGCGUUAACCGGGCCGACGUGUCUCAGCGACAAGGUCACUACCCACCUCCAAAAGGCAGCAGUGAGAUAUUGGGCAUGGAGGUUUCUGGUGUGGUGGAAAAGGUUGGUGAGAAUGUCAAGCGGUUUAAGGAGGGUGACCGUGUGAUGGCGCUACUCACCGGGGGAGGUUACGCGGAAAUGGCGGUUGCUCAUGAGGGCUCUGUCAUGAAGAUUCCAGAAGGAUACUCGUUUGUUGAGGCUGCAGCGAUUCCAGAGGCAUUUCUAACCGCAUGGCAGGCAUUAAAGCUUCACGGAAACCUACAGAAGGGUCAGCACAUGUUGUUUCACGCCGGGGCCAGCGGUGUUGGAACCGCGGCGUUGCAGCUCGCGGAGAAAUAUUUCCGGGCCACCGCCAUUGCCACCUGUUCGUCUGGAAAAGUUGAGUUUUGCAAGAGGUUUGCGAAGUUUGUCGUUGACAGAUCACCAGAUGCAUCGGGAAAAUGUUUUUCCUCCAAAGUGCGGGACGCUGUGAAGGGUGAGACUGUCAACUUAAUCGUUGAUCCUGUGGUGGGCGGCACGUACCUCCAGGAGGACGGCGAGGUGUUGGCGCAGGACGGAAAAGUUGUCCUACUGGCUUUUAUGGGCGGGGCAAAAGUCUCUCUUGACGUCAUGCCAUUUUUCCGCAAGCGGGCCAGCGUCAUCUUCUCGAAACUCCGGGACCAGACAGAUGAGUACAAGGAGGCACUCGUACGGAGUUUUGAGGAGGAGGUGAUCCCGUACAUGACCAGACGGGAGAUUGUGCCUGUGGUGCAGUGCACAUAUGCCCUUGAAGAAGUCGCUGCAGCGCACAAAUUGAUGGAGAACAAUAAAUCCAACGGCAAAGUCAUACUAACAGUUGGGAAGGCAGAAUGA